AUGACAGCCGGCAACGAGGAACAUGAGCCUCUGAUUACAUCGUCUGUGGAUAACCAGCGUGUUGCUUAUAGUAACUCGCCUACUGAUGGUCAUACUCCAGAAUCUUCGCCUCGCGGCAGUGGCGGUGAAAUAACGUUAGCAAUACCAGCUCAUCGUAACUAUGGAGCCAUUGGAGGCAUCGAGAAGGUCACAUACACCUGGGCGGAUAUCAACGCCUUCGCCACAGAGUCUAGGUCAAGAUCCAGACGAAUCUGGAACUUCUGGAAGCCGUCUGCUAGUGGAAUGUUCCAGCAGAGAAAACAGCUGUUGAGAAAUGUCAAUGGCGCGGCAUAUCCAGGCGAGCUCCUUGCCAUCAUGGGCUCGUCAGGUGCCGGUAAAACGACACUGCUCAACACGCUCACCUUCCGUACUCCAAGCGGGGUGUUGUCCAGCGGUACCAGGGCUCUGAAUGGACAGCCAGCCACUCCUGAGGCGUUAGCAGCAUUGUCAGCUUACGUUCAGCAACAGGACCUGUUUAUUGGCACACUCACUGUCAAGGAACAUUUGAUAUUCCAAGCUAUGGUGAGAAUGGACCGACAUAUACCGUACGCUCAACGCAUGCGUCGUGUACAAGAAGUAAUUACUGAGUUGGCGUUAACAAAAUGCCAGAAUACGGUGAUCGGUAUCCCGGGAAGGUUGAAGGGUAUAUCAGGAGGUGAGAUGAAGAGGCUGUCCUUCGCCAGCGAGGUCCUUACUGAUCCACCUCUCAUGUUCUGCGACGAACCAACUUCAGGACUCGACUCUUUUAUGGCACAGAAUGUGUUGCAGGUACUCAAAGGUCUAGCCCAGAAGGGUAAGACAGUGGUAUGCACCAUUCACCAGCCGUCAUCAGAGUUAUACGCCAUGUUUGACAAACUGCUGAUCAUGGCUGAUGGCAAGGUCGCUUUCCUCGGCUCUCCAGACCAAGCCAACGACUUCUUCAAAGAAUUAGGAGCAGCGUGUCCACCGAACUACAACCCAGCAGACCACUUCAUCCAACUCCUGGCUGGAGUACCAGGCAGGGAGGAAACCACUCGCACCACCAUCGAUACUGUCUGCACAGCAUUCGCUCGUUCAGAGGUUGGAUGCAAGAUCGCUGCUGAAGCUGAAAAUGCACUCUAUUUUGAGCGCAAAAUCUCCUCUGGUUGGGUGGAUCCAGCGUGGUCAGAAGCCACAGCUAUCCGCGCUCGUAGGUCUCCGUACAAGGCGUCGUGGUGCGCUCAGUUCCGCGCCGUGCUGUGGCGGUCCUGGCUCUCUGUCACCAAGGAACCCAUGCUCAUCAAAGUCCGCUUCCUACAGACUAUUAUGGUGUCUAUCCUGAUUGGCGUUAUCUACUUCGGGCAGCACUUGGACCAGGACGGCGUUAUGAACAUCAACGGAGCCAUCUUCAUGUUCCUCACCAACAUGACCUUCCAGAACAUCUUCGCUGUUAUUAACGUAUUCUGUUCUGAGCUACCAAUAUUUAUACGAGAACACCAUUCAGGGAUGUAUCGAGCAGACGUGUACUUCUUGUCUAAAACGUUGGCAGAAGCGCCCGUGUUUGCGACGAUACCUCUAGUGUUCACCACCAUAGCGUAUUACAUGAUAGGACUCAACCCGGAACCGAAGCGGUUCUUUAUCGCUUCUGGACUAGCUGCCCUCAUCACCAAUGUUGCUACUUCGUUUGGUUAUCUAAUAUCGUGUGCCAGCAACAGUGUCAGCAUGGCUGCAUCAGUCGGACCUCCCAUCAUCAUUCCCUUCAUGCUGUUCGGAGGUUUCUUCUUGAACACUGGUUCUGUACCACCUUACCUCGGCUGGAUAUCGUACCUAUCUUGGUUCCACUACGGCAACGAGGCUCUGUUGGUGAACCAGUGGUCCGGCGUGGAGACCAUCGCCUGCACCAGGGAGAACUUCACUUGUCCUGCUUCUGGACAGGUCGUGUUGGAUACUCUUAGUUUCUCUGAGGACGACUUCUCAAUGGACGUGAUCAACAUGGUACUCCUGUUCAUAGGGUUCCGAUUCCUCGCCUACCUCGCUUUAUUAUAUAGAGCACGUAGGGCCAAGUAA